AUGGAGGACAUGGACGAGAUCGAUGCUGUUCCUCAGUGCAUGAUAGCGAGGGAUAAUUAUCAGUCAUCAACGGCAGGAGGCAUGCCCUUGUCUGCACCGGUUUAUAAUGCUUCUGUCUUAACAUUGAGUUCCAUGAUGGACAUGGGAAGUGAAGUACAGGUUCGUGCUAGUGGUGGUCUUCUUGCAAUAUUGGAGAAUGAAAGGAUUGUAAAUACUCUUGAGCAAAAAGAAUCUGGAAAUACAUCAAUUAUAAUUGAUUCUGUAGCAGAAAUUUCACUGUAUCCUUGUACUUACUUUGCUCAGUCAUUAAAGGCAAAAACGUUCUACUUUGUGCUGUUUGAAACUGGAAAGGAGAAAAUAAAUAACUAUCUCAAACUUGAUGCAGCAGCUCAUGAAGCAUUACAAAUAUUCCAAAUAGACAAGCACCCAAGUCAUAUGGGAAUUGAAGAACUUGUUACUUCAUUACGGGAAGCCUUGAAAUCUGUGAAGGAUAUUCCCCACUUGCUGAAGAGUAUUUGUGCGUUGUUGCAUUUAAACAAGAUUUUUGAAAUUGGAAUUUCCGAAGGUCUUCGUGCAGAAUUGAAGUGUUUAAACUUGGAUAUUGUUGAGAAGGUUAGUUCAUGCAUAACAGCAGAACUUGGUUAUGUCUAUGAACUGGUAAUUGGUGUUAUUGAUGUUAAUAGAACUAAAGAGAAGGGAUAUGCGACGGUGGUGAAAGAAGGUUUCUGUGAUGAGGUUAAACCCAAUGUCCUCGUUCCUUUUCUUCGCCUUAGUUUGGAUGAGUUGAGGCAAAUAUAUGAGGAACUGCCGGACUUUCUGGAAGAGGUGGCUUUUGGUGUUUCAUCAUUGGAAUUAGCUCAACUUCCCGGUUUGUGCAAGGACAAGCGUGUUCCUUGUAUUGUUUAUAUACAGCAAAUAGGAUAUUUAAUGUGUAUCUUUGAAGAAAAACCUGAAGAAACCACUCUGGAGAAACUUGUAGAUUGGGAAUACAUAGUAUGUUGGCGAUUGCACUCGGUCAAGUGA